AUGGCGGAAACAUUGCAGCAAAGGACGGACCCUCUGCAGCCGGGAGACGUCUUGGUAGUUGUCCACGAUUUCGAUGCACGAAGUCCUGAUGAACUCACAUUGCGCAAAGCCGAGCGGGUAGAGCUGGUCGAACUCGAUGAGGGCUUCUCAGAUGGAUGGUACCUCGGGAAGCAUCUGGGCAGAGGCGCGACGGGUUUGUUCCCUGGAGUCUACACUGCAAAGUUACCCGCAAACAUUGCCGCCAUUUCAUCUCCGACCACUCAACCUCAACCCUACGUUCAUGCGAACGUUCACGGCCAUCCUCUUGUCCCAUCACAGCCUUACGAACAAUACCCUGGUUACAAAACGCAGGACGCGAGACCGCUCUCCGAUCAGCCAUCGUCCUUCAAUCAGCAACGAUCACUGUCGAAUGCUGCUCGAUCGUCUGCGCCCCAGAUGUCGUCCAUGUACAACAAGCCGUUGCCUAUGGUGCAAAGGAGUAUAGGCGAGGCGCUCAACGAUCGACAGGAUUCCCCAGUCAUGAACGAGACACUAAGCGUCAUCGACGAGCACAUCACGGAUCUCAGUACGCCUCGACAGAGCCUAGCUCCCCCACAUCCAAUCACGGAAGACUCGGACAGUGAAUAUAGCAGCCAUCUCGACCGCGGAUCAUACCUAACAGGGCCUGAGACUGAUGAAGAGGAUAAUGACCGUUUCACCAAGGAAGAAGUCCUUGGCUGGGAUCAUACACAGGUUGCUGCUCAGCUGCGAUUGCUUGGAGUCGAUCCUCGCCAUUGUGACAUAUUUGAGGAGCAAGAGAUCUCAGGCGAUGUCCUCAUGGAGAUGGACCAAUCGUUCUUGCAGAUGAAAGAAUUCGAUUUCGGAGUAAUGGGUCGCCGCCUCAAGACCUGGCACAAGAUCAGGGACUUUCAGAACGAGGUACUGGGUGCCUCUCGCAAGAACAGCGCCACGCCUGUCACAAGUCAUGACAGUGCUGUCAGAGCACCAAGUCGGGCUUUGUCGGGUGGCUCCGUCUUACCGAGAAUACCUUCUCUAGCUGAGCGACCUGGACUCACCAUUCGGCAGUCCAAGCAGGGUCCUCCGAACGCGAUACAGCCAACCUCUCCGGUCACUUCAACCAAUGGUCCUGCGCGUUCUGGCGGAAAUGGCACACCUCCUACCUCCUGGAGAGCCUCGAUGGGCCCAGACAGUCCUGGUCGGCAUAUGUCCUCACAGCUUCGAGACCAGGGCGACUCGCGGCGCCACUCGUCCAUCGAUUUCGGCAAGGCACCAAACCUCGAAUUCGGGUCCAACUCGAUUGCCAGCACGGCGUCGCCGCAUAAGAAGCAGCCCUCGUUCGACAGGGAAUGGCCUCACGUUCCAGCUACACCGACAAGUACCAAUAUCACGAGCCCCUCAAUAUACACGAAUGUGGUGAGAAAACAGGAAAGUCUUGAUAUGUCUGCCAACUCGCCGCUCCUCACUCCAGGACCAAAUUUGGACUUGGAUCGAGGUUACUUCAGUGGGAAUGAGGUGGACAAUCGCAAAGCUCGAUCGACGCUCAAGAAGCGGGAAAGCCAUGAAGUCGCCGGUCAUUCGAGACAGUCUUCUUUCCUGAACGAUCCGCGCAAAACUGCGCCUUUCGCCAAGAGGCACUCGCGCAUCAGCAGUGUCGAUACAAGCCGAGAUCACUUCUCGACCAUCACGUCGCCCGCUGCAAAAGCUUAUCACAGCAUGAGCUACAAAGGUCGUUUCCGUUCAGCUAGUGCUAAGGGUCCGGCGCUGAAGCACUCAAGUACAGGCCACUCGCCAACCGUAACCAAUUUGGAGAACGAGCAAAACUCGAGUGCCCCUUCCACUGGUACAGAACAGUCGUUUGCGUCGAAGAUGAACAUACCUGCAAAAGCAAGAAAGCUUAUGGGUCUUCGAGCUUCCUCGGAAGCUGUGACGGACACGGAAAAGGCCAGUGCGACUUCAUCGCAAAACAUUCUCACCAGCCCCUUGGAAGAAAGUCCGACGAUAUCUCCUGCUGAUGGCUCUAAUACACCAUCUGCAACGUCCCGCAGCUUCGACUUCGAGGGGACAGAUGCGUCAUCCAAGACGACAGAUAAAAUCAACUCUGGGUUGACGGUGACGGCUCCGCAACGGACGCGACCCAAAACCAAGCAGCAAACCUCCGCAUACACCAAAGGACUUCUGAAGAUAACGCCAGAAGAAGCACGAAAAACAGCUGACUACCAUGGCUGGAUGAAGAAGAAGUCAUCUGCUCUGAUGACCAGCUGGAAACCAAGGCUGUUUGUGCUUCGCGGCAAACGACUCUCAUAUUACUACACCGAGAGCGACAAGGAAGAGCGCGGCAUCAUCGACAUAUCCGGCCAUAAAGUUCUCGUCGCCAAUUCCGACCCCAUCACAACCCUACACGCCACGAUCACCGGCUCAAAGACUUCGGCCUUGCCAAGUCCGACAUCGAGCGAAACAAGUCCUUCACUCCCCAAGUCACCUACAGGCCAACCAUUCUUCUUCAAGCUCAUCCCACCGAAAGCAGGCAUGUCUCGUGCUGUCCAGUUCACUAAGCCCACGGUCCACUACUUCCAGGUCGACAGCGCAGCAAUAGGCCGAAAGUGGAUGGGAGAGAUCAUGAAGGCGACCAUCAUGCACGACCUGAGCACUUACGAGACCACCAACAAGCAGAAGACGAUCAGUCUUGCUAAAGCCAAAGCGCGUAAGGAAAGACCGCCCGCGCUGAAGAACGAUGAUGGCGUCCCUGAAGAGGAAGAGGUCAAGGACGAUGAAGAGAACGAGGACAAUGAUGGCUUGAACAUUACUGGCAUCAUCUACGACCCGGCAAACGAUGAGCAGCCAACCGCGGUCAAUGAGAAGGAGGUGGUAGAAAUGUCUACGCCAGACGCUGACAGUAACACGGCUCUGCCGCCAGUCGCUCAGCAGCCAGCAGUUCGGCAAUCGGCCUAUACAGCCACGACAACGUCAGACUAG